CUUACUACCCAGGAACAAAAAUUGUGUUACAUAAUUGUUAGCUGCAGUUCGUGGGUAUGGAAAUGUUUGUCUAUUAGUUAUUUUACUCUUAUAGUUUUACCGUGGAUACGCCAUGAUGGGUUACUACCUCUUUUCAGUGUCUAUUUCUAGAAUACCUUUGUGCAAUUUACUGUAAUAAAACCUCAGUCCACAAUGUGUUGAUUUAAUCUAUCAAUGCAUGGUUGUCAAAUCUUUACAGAUCUAGAUUUAGAUUAAACCACCAUUCAUUUCAAACUCAUUAACUUCUGAAAAGGGAACUUGUGGCACCUUUCAGUUGAUAUUUAAAACUAGAGUGUAUUGAAUGCACUUCUCAAAAAAAGGAAAUUAUGAAAAGGUACAUUUUACUUUCAAAUUAGCAUUUAUAUAUACAUCGCUAUAACAAACCUGUUGGGGUCUGUAGCAGUGCUGCGGCCAUGCACAUAAAGAGGAGACUUUUGUGAUUGUUUAUUGUAAAUUAUUAUGUUAGGGUUGAUUAGUUGAUUGAUGGAUUAUUAUUAGUGAUAGUUAAUUGUUAAUGAUAAAUUAGGUAGUAAUUGUUGUAAAUUGUUAGUAUUAGUAAUUGUAGUCAAUUGUUAAAUGAUUAUUAUAGAUUACUGUUAAAUAAUGGUGUAAUGAAGGGUGUUUUCGAAUGGUCCCUGAGGGGUCCAUUCUGAGGAGGGGGAUAUGUGGCAGGGGACCCCUGCAUGUGAAAAUGUGUUUGUUUAUGUGUUUUUGUAAUUAUGUUUAAUUAAAUAAUUGUUUGCUAGUGGGCACUCGGUUGGGACUUGCUGCCUGCUGUGUUUGGUUGAGGGGAAAGACAAUAAACGAUUGGUUCUGCUAAUCCCUGACCAGUAGGUGGGCGUGUCCCAACUGAGAGUCCGCUUCCUUAAAAACAUUCAGCCGAGAUUGGUCGAGGCUGCUGCAAGGCCAUGAGACUCUGCGCUACAGAGGUCUGGAAUCCCGCUGGAGAGAACUGGAGACUGCUGACGACUGCAUGGGUUAACCAGGGUCAGGGUUCCAGCAUUCACGCAAGAAGAAACUGCAAUCGCUGGCGGUUGUGUGUGUAUCCGGGGCGGGGUAGGAACGGAGCUUAGUUUCAGGCAACAAAAGCCUGCAGUAUAGAGAGAAGUGUAUUCCAGCGGGACCUCCUAUUUAGGGGAGUAGCGCUAGCCAUUUUUACGGCACCUUUUAUUUGUAGUUUUUGUAUUGUGUUUUAUUUUGCCUUUGUACAGCUUGCUGUAUGUGUCCUCUGUGCGUUACCAUCGCUGGUAAUGUCACAUGACCUGGUUGAUUACUUUCGUUCUCUUAUGUGUUAAUAAAUCCUGCGUGCCUGUGGGGCGUGACAGACGCACCAAUCCUGCGUGUCUCUCCACUCACUCACCCUGUCACAGGAUCCAAGCCUUUUGUUCGUUAUAUUGAGGGGUUUGUUAUAGUGAAAGGACAAUCAAAAUGAACGAUAAACCGUUGGAAUAAGUUAAUGAAAUGAGAUUGUGAAUAAAAGUAGAAUUACAUUUCCCUGUUCGUCUCAUGUAUGCAGUAUUCUGCCUUUGCUUUAUCCUAUUCAUUAAAUAAUUAAAACGCAGUAAAAAAGCAAAAAUCCUGAAGUGAAGCUUUUAUUCAAAAUCAAUCUGACAUGAAUCGUUUCAAAUUGCACCAAAACUUAAUCCAACAUGCAAGAAUCACAAACUGAGCUUUAAUUCCAAAUCAAUCCGACAUGAACAAUUUUACAUGAAAAGUUCAUCAGAUCCUAAAGUUUUUUUUGUUGUUGUUGUUGUUGUUGUUAUUUCUUUAAUCAAUUUUACUUUACCGCAUGGUUGCUGAACAAGCUAAAAAAAACAGUAUGCUUUUUGACAACCUACAUUCACAACAGAUAUGCCUGUGUUACUCGUUUUUUUCAAAUGAUCAAUAUAGUUUCCAGCUUUGUUGCAACAUAAAAUGAUUUAAAUUUCAGAAGCAAAUGAUCAAUAUAGUUUCCAGCUUUGUUGCAACAUAAAAUGAUUUAAAUUUCAGAAGCAUAGUUACUCAGUGCACGCUUUUUAUUAAGACAAAAGAGUUGACGUCACUGCGGAGGUGGCCUCCCGUGUGUACAGACCGGGAUGUUGACAGUGUGUGUUUAUAUUCUUUUUUUAUUUUUAUUUGGGGUCCAAGGGCCAGGUUUGUGAUAAUGAAGGGUGUUAUAGCGAGGGUGUAUAUAAAUAUAUAAAUACACAGUGGUUUGCAGAAGUAUUCACCCCCCUGCAAAGUCUUCACAUUUUGUUGGCACCUGAGGGAACUCCACAAUGCUUUCAAAUUAGACUUUACAUGUAGAAUCUACACAAACUACUCUACAUUGAUAAAGUUAAAAAAAUGCAUAUAGAAUAUAAAUAAGUAAGAUUUACAGAGAAAAACAGAUUAAUCUCAGUUGCAUAAGUAUUCAACCCCUUUGCUACUGCAGCCCUAAAUCAGCUCAGGUGCAAAUGAUUUGUUUGAAAGGUCACAAAAUUAGUGAAAUGGUUUCAGCCUCUGUUUACUCAAAGUGGUUUAACUUGUAGAUAAUUUCCCUCAGGUAUAUAAAGACUUUCAAGCUGCAACUCACAUAGUGAUCCAACAAAGCAACCAUGAAGACCAAGGAGCUUUCGAAACAAGUCAGGGAUAAAGUGGUAGAGAGGCACAGAGCAGGAGAAGGGUAGAAGAAAAUUUCAAAGGCACUGAUUAUCUUUCUUAGCACAGUGAAGUCCAUCAUUAAGAAGUGGAAGAUGCAUCAUACCACCCAGACACUACCCAGAUCAGAUCGCCCUCCCAAACUGAGCAGCCGAGCAAGCAGGAAACUGGUUUGGGAUGUCACUCUGAAGCCAACAAUGACCUUGAGAGAUCUGCAAAGUUCUGUGUCUCACAGAAAAAAUAAGCCAGUCCCUACACAAAGCUGGCCUGUAUGGACGGGUGGCAAGAAAGGCAAGACGAAAGCCCUAAUUGUAUAUUUGUGUGUGAAUAUUGGGUUGGCAGGGUGGGGGUUAAAAUUCUCCCUGCCAGAAAACAUGGGAGAAAGUGGCUGGAGCCUUAAUUGAAUAAUUGAUGAUUAAUUAGGCUCUAUCCACAUGGUAUGAAAAGGGAAGAAAUCCUUUUAGGGGUUGGUGUUUGAGAGGAGUGCUGGUGAGUUGUGGCUAUACUGUGUUAUGGAGAAACUGGUCAGGGAAGGUGAAUGCCUGACAGCCUAAUUGUUUUUUGUUUAACCUUUUAUUUUGGCCCUUGUGCCUGUUUAUUUGUUUGUGUGUUUUUGUUUGUUAAUAAAUGUGCGCACCAGCACUUUGAACUGCAGCUUUCUGGUCUCUUGAGUCUAAUUCCUGAUGCUAUCCUGUUACAUACAUCUAAAAAGAAACAAAGAAGCCCCCUUGUUUAUAUCUUAUUCAUCAGCACUUGUGUUGUUUGUCUGUUCUAUAGAGUACUGAUAUGUGGAAUGAACAAGGUGCUGCGAUUUAUAGUCAUUUUUUAAAUUGUAGUUUAAUUUACUGUGGGGUCUUCAAGGAUUCCCAUUAUUAUUUGUUUAUUUAGCAGAUGCCUUUAUCCAAGGUGACUUACAGAGACUAGAGUGUGUGAACUAUGCAUCAGCUGCAGAGUCACUUACAACUACGUCUCACCCGAAAGACGGAGCACAAGGAGGUUAAGUGACUUGCUCAGGGUCACACAAUAAGUCAGUGGCUGAGGUGGGAUUUGAACUGGGGACCUUCUGGUUACAAGCCCUUUUCUUUAACCACUGGACCACACAGCCACCCAUGGUGUCCCACAAACCCCUCUCUUUAAUGGAACUGUCAAUUUUCAAUAAAAUCGGUGACAGUUUCUACAGACUAUGGGUGGCAGGAAAAUAAUUUAUCCUAUGGAUUAAAUAGUAUUUUCAAAGAUCAGGUACAGUCUCUGCCUUUUAUUUGUCACUUACAUCCCCCCCCCAGGAUAUACUUUCAUCCACUUCAGCAAUACAGAUGUGCAGCAACCAGAUUGCUCAACCAGGAUGUUUUUUUUUAUUUAUUGCUGAGUCCCUCAAUUUCUGCCAACAAGGAUUUUUUUGUAGUUACUUUUUGAAAAGACUUUCAACAAACCUGCUUAGUGGAUAAUGCAUGAAUACAAACUUAAAAGUAAGACAUUUAGACAAUCCUGGUGGAAAAUAAUUGUUUAGAUGAAAUAACAAAUAUGUACAAGGUUUUUGAGGUUUUAUAACGAGAAUGCCCCACUAGAAAAGUUCACAGUUCAAACUAACAAACCCCAUUCAAUAGUAAUGAUUUUGUAGAACCAGAAUUUAGUUCAGUGGGUAAUACAAUUACACAGGGUAGAUUUAACCUGUAAUGACAGCGUUUGGUGGGUAUUAAGAAGCUACAAGAAUUAUGAAGUUUGCAGUUUGUCUUACCCAGCAUCAAGUCACUAUAAAAUGGUAGGCUAUAUAUAACAUUUAAUCAUUUAGGUUUAUUUAAUCUCAAGAAAGAUGCAUUAAAGAUCUUCAGUGAGUCAUUUUCUUUCAGAGUACAUGCAUACGCAUAUAAGAUUGUGCAUGUAUACAAGACAAAGAAAGACUUAUACUCAUUUUAUUGACCUGUUAUACAGUACAUUAUAGAAUGUGUGACAAUUAGAGGUAACAAUACAAAACAAUUGAAAAAACAGACUUGAAAAAAGUCACACCUUUGCAGUAUUUUAGGCCAUUUAGCAGCUUCUGUAUACAAAAAUCUCUAUAUGUUGCUGAACAUUUUGUGCUUUUUAUGCUUAGAUAGUAAUGUAUGUAUUUAUUCAUACAUGUUCAUGUUUUAAUUCCCCAUUUCUCCCCACAGACAUUCUUAAUGUACAUCUUAGUAAGCACUGUAUUGCCCAAGCGUAUCAACAGUUCUCAAAGAGUUCAUGCCAACUAUGACUGGGGACCUGUCAUUAGGAAGCUUGGAUGAAAUGUAGUGAUAUCACUGCAGAGAUAUACAUAAAUAAAACAAGUUCUUUGUAAAUUGGUACUGAUUGACAGGCAUGUUUUAUUAUUAAAACCAUUUACUGUAUACAGAAAAGGCCACUGAGAUAUAACAUCCCAAUUUAAUCAGAUGCCUACCAUCCCCAGACAGACAGACUAUUUAAAACAACUAAAAACAACUACUGUAUCUUGGAUGAAAAUUUCAACUGUGAAACCUGUAUAAUGAUGAAUGAUCAUUCGUUAAAUGCUGUAUUAAAGAUGCAAAUAUAUAUACUUUAAAAAAAAAAUCCCCAUUCCCAGAACUUCCCCAAAAUGAUCUAUAUAAUGAAGAUCUCAACACCACAGAACACAAUAGCCCAAAAAUAUAAAUCUAUGAACUUGGACAGGGUUUUGUAAAGGUAGGUUAUCAUGAGUGGAAACAUUUUGUGCACUGUGACAAUUAUCCAUAAAACAAUACUGCAUAUUGUAAAUACAUUAUCUUUACUCGAUACUUUAUAACAAAGGAUAACUUCAGAAAAGUCAUUUGGAAUAUUUUACAGUAUAACUUAUGUACAUGUAUUCCGUUUUUAAUAUGUGUCUCGGGCAAACAAAAAAUAAAGCCAUUAUAAUGUAUGCUGUAUUUUUUUUUAUAGUAGAAGGAACUAUGUGAAAAUGUUUCAUACUGUAAGAGGUUUUUUCAAAAUUUACAAAAUGAGUUGCACUGAUCAAGACAUCUUAAGCCAACAAUUCCAAGAUGCCAAUGAGGUUAUACAGCAACAUUCAGACAGUAGUCAACAUUACCAACCGGAAUAUAAUAACUAUGAGAAUUUCAACAACCACCAGAUGCAUUUUAGACCCAACCCAAACUAUUAUUCUGUUCCUGAAGCACCAAUACUCAGUUGGAAUGAGAUGUCAAAUUGGGUCCACACUAUUCCAGGUGGACCAGUGCCACACAACUUUACCAGCAGCCCGGAAAAUCAGCUUGUCUAUUCUGCCUUCCCUCCACCAAGAAGUGGGAAAGGGAGAAAAAAACUGCGGCUUUAUGAGUAUCUCCACGAAUCUUUGUACGAUACAAACAUGUCCGACUCGAUCCAGUGGGUGGACAAAGGCAACGGCACCUUUCAGUUUGUGUCCAAAUACAAGGAGAAGCUGGCUGAGCGCUGGGGCAAAAGAAAAGGCAACCGUAAAACCAUGACCUACCAGAAAAUGGCCCGGGCUCUGAGAAACUACAGCAGGACCGGAGAGAUCAUUAAAAUCAGAAGGAAGCUGACCUACCAGUUCAACCCAGUGGUGUUGCAGAGACUCAAUCCGGCACAUGCAUUGGGAAGGGAGACUGUGUACUACCAAUACAUCCCAACAGAGCAGGGCUAUUACAACGUAGAUAACUGGCAAAACACUUACGGUAAUUACACCUGCGAAACAGAGUAUGAUUUGAACUAUUCAGUAAUCCAAAGCCAUGUUUCAAAUGACAUCACGAUGUAAAACAUCAAAUAACCAGGUGGGCACCAUAAAAAAUAGACUCUGUUUCAUAGAGUCUCAUUUUAAACACAACCAUUUUGGCUAUCAAUAAUGACAAUUUGGUACUGACCCAUUUAAUGUCUUCAACACACACUAUUUGUUCAGUUCGGUUUUGGCCACCAGAUCUUUGAACAGGGCCAGUAAAGAAACACUGUCAUGAGCCUAACCUGAGAUUGCUAUAUGAUUUAAUGAAGAAAGUUCUCUUUUCUCAUGAAUAAGGAAGUCACUGAAUGAAUGGAUGAACUUCAGUGACCCAUUCAUGAAGUGAAAUGCUGUAAAAAGCUUAAUUUGCAAAAAUAAAACUAUUGGUUUCCAUGGUCUAUAACAUUUUAACUACUUUUCGAUAUUAGGCACAUAAUUGCCAUUUUAAUUGUGUAAUUUAUAAUAAGGUAUUUAGAAAUGUUUUGCACUGUAUGUAUGUGAAUGCAUUAUUUUUUCUGUAACAGUGGAUCGUCGUAUGAUAUCAAAUGUGGUGUACAUUUUCUUUUUUAACAGCUUUCUUUGUAAGAAUAUCUUAAGUAAACAGAUAUAUCUUUAAGUAAGCCAAAAAUAAUUGAAUUCAUACUGUAUGUAAAAAAAAAAUGUUUUCCUUAUUCUACACUUUUACAAUUCCAUAAUAAAAA